GUCAAUGGCACUGGGAAUUGGCAAGAGUCUCAUCACCAUAAAGAGGAUAGGAGACACUGUGGUGAUGGUUGCUGCCAACCUUAUAUAGCAGCUGUGUUGAUGCCAGUGGCAGCGCCAUUCCUCCAUCAACCUGUCCAGACCCUCAGCUCCUCCAGUCCAGUUUCUCAUCAGCUAAGGAGAACAAACAAGUGCCAAGAUGUCUGAAAAAAAGAUGACCUCAAGCCGCAAGCAUCAUCUGAAGAGUGUGAUGCUUGCAAUUGCUGAAAAGCGGAUGGAACAGGAAGCGGCUGAUCUUAUAACUGCAAAGGCAGCAUACAUGAAUGAGAACUGCCCAGAGGUCUCUAUUCCCAGUGGGGUGGAGGAACUACAGAAAUUGUGCAAAGAGCUACAUGCGAAGAUUGACAAAGCCGAUGAGGAGAGAUACGACGCAGCAGGCAAAGUGACAAAGGGAACAAAAGAGGUUGAAGAGCUGAAGUUUAAGGUAACAGAAAUGAAGGGUAUGAAGAAGCCAGCUCUGAAGAAAGUGCGCUUGUCCGCUGAUCAGAUGCUUCAGGCUCUGCUGGGCUCCAAGCACAAGGUCAGCAUGGACAUGAGAUCCAACCUGAAGCAGGUGAAGAAGGAGGUCAAGGAUGAGGUGAGUAUUCAGUGUAACCAGAACAUGUGCCAUCCAAUUUUUUCAAUUAUUAUCAAUAAAGGCUUGAACACAUAUGUAAACAAAAACGUAUACAUUGCGCGCGUACACACACACAAUUGAACCGCAUGUGUUAAAUCUUUCCAGCCUGCAGUCGCUGCUGGUGACUGGCGUAAGAAUGUUGAGGACAAGGAGGGCAUGGGUGGCAGGAAGAAGAUGUUUGAGGGCGCUGAGGUGUAAAUUUGAGAGCCUGACGAAAUUGCUAUCUGACACAACAACAUGGACAAAGUGAAUGGCAGGAAGAAGAUGGAC